AUGCGUUACGGAACCGCAGCAGCGCUGGCCAUUGCCGCCGCGCCCUUUGUGAGGGCAGACAAUAACUCAAAGGCUGGAGCCGCAGUUGUACCCCCUGCGGGUACUCCUUGGGGUGUCGCGUACGACAAGGCAAAGACGGCACUGGCAAAGCUCACCCUCCAAGACAAGGUCGGCAUCGUGUCCGGCGUCGGCUGGAACGGCGGGCCUUGCGUUGGAAAUACAUCUCCCGUCUCAAAGAUUGGCUAUCCCUCGCUAUGUCUUCAAGAUGGACCUCUCGGUGUUCGGUUUUCGUCCGGCAGCACGGCUUUCACACCAGGCGUCCAAGCCGCCUCAACGUGGGAUCUGAACCUCAUCCGCGAGCGUGGACAGUUCAUCGGACAAGAGGUUAGAGAUGCGGGAAUUCACGUCACUCUCGGUCCCGUGGCUGGACCUCUAGGAAAGACGCCUCAAGGAGGUCGCAACUGGGAAGGCUUCAGCGUUGAUCCAUAUCUCACGGGAUUGGCCAUGGCUCAGACGAUCAGCGGCAUCCAGUCGGUGGGAGUGCAGGCCACAGCCAAGCAUUACAUCCUGAAUGAACAAGAACGCAACCGAGAGUCCAUGUCGAGCAAUGCCGACGACCGCACCCUUCACGAGCUUUAUGCUUGGCCCUUUGCCGACGCUGUGCAGGCAAACGUCGCCUCUGUCAUGUGCUCUUACAACAAGAUCAACACGACCUGGGCGUGCGAGGAUCAGUACACGCUGCAAACUCUGCUGAAAGAUCAGUUGGGAUUCCCGGGAUAUGUCAUGACCGACUGGAACGCCCAACACUCGACGGUGCAGAGCGCUGCUGCUGGGCUCGACAUGUCAAUGCCCGGCACCGAUUUCAACGGUAACAACAGGUUCUGGGGUCCAGCCCUCACCAAUGCCGUCAACAGCAACCAGGUGCCCUCCACCAGAGUUGAUGAUAUGGUGACGCGAAUCCUCGCUGCGUGGUAUCUAACAGGCCAAGAUGCGUCGGGCUAUCCGUCGUUGAGCCUCAGCAGGAAUGUUCAAGGAAGCCACAAGACCAAUGUGAGGUCAAUUGCGAGAGACGGCAUUGUUCUCCUCAAGAACGACGGCAACAUCUUGCCGUUGAAGAAGCCCUCGACCAUUGCCGUCAUCGGAUCUGCCGCCAUCAUUGGUGCCCACGCCAGCAAUUCAGGUUCAUGCGGCGACAAGGGAUGCGAUAACGGCGCCUUGGGCAUGGGUUGGGGCUCUGGUGCCGUCAACUACCCAUAUUUUGUAGCGCCCUACGAUGCCAUCAAUACCAGAGCCGCUUCGCAAGGCGCCAGAGUUACCUUGAGCAACACGGACAACACGUCCUCGGGAGCAUCCGCAGCAAGCGGCAAGGACGUCGCCAUUGUCUUCAUCACUGCCGACUCGGGCGAGGGCUACAUCACCGUGGAGGGCAACGCUGGUGACCGCAACGACUUGAAUGCCUGGCACAACGGGAACGCCCUGGUUCAGGCAGUGGCAGGUUCCAACAGCAAUGUCAUUGUUGUCGUUCACUCUGUGGGGGCCAUCAAUCUGGAGACGAUCAUUGCUUUGCCCCAGGUCAAGGCUAUUGUAUGGGCAGGUCUCCCGUCUCAGGAGAGCGGCAAUGCUCUUGUCGACAUUCUGUGGGGAGAUGUCAACCCCUCUGGUAAGCUGGUGUACACCAUUGCAAAGAGUCCAAACGACUACAACACGCGUGUUGUGUCCGGCGACGACAACUUCAGCGAAGGGCUGUUUAUCGACUACAAGCACUUUGACGAUGCGGGCAUCACGCCUCGGUAUGAGUUUGGCUUUGGACUGUCUUACACAAAGUUCAACUACUCCCGUCUCUCCGUCUUGUCCACUGCAAAGUCUGGCCCCGCGACUGGUGCGGUCGUACCUGGAGGCCCAAGUGAUUUGUUCCAGAACGUCGCAACCGUGACCGUGGACAUAACAAAUUCCGGCCAAGUCACUGGAGCUGAAGUUCCUCAGUUGUAUCUGACUUAUCCGUCUUCAGCGCCCAGAACACCGCCUAAGCAGCUGCGUGGCUUCGCAAAGCUGAGCCUCACGGCAGGCCAGACUGGAACAGCGACAUUUAACAUUCGAAGACGGGAUCUGAGCUACUGGGAUACCAGCUCGCAGAAGUGGGUAGUUCCAUCGGGAUCGUUUGGUAUCAGCGUGGGAGCGAGCAGCAGGGAUAUCCGGCUGACAGGCAGUCUGUCGGUAUCAUAA